AUGUUCAAGAUCGGAGCUAGACCCAUUUUGAGACGCAUAUAUUUCCCUCGUGUCCUGGUUCAUGGCAAGUCUCUUUUAAGGUGUUCUUCACUGGUAGCUACCCCGCCAAAGCGCCAACUUAAGGCCGAAGCUUAUAAUCUACCGAAGGAGAGCAUUCCGGAGUCAAAAGAUGUUCACAAUGUGCAAAUACCGCUGGAAUUCAGAGAUUUUGAGCUCACCAAAGUGAUUCACGGGCAAACAGAUCUUAAGAUCGGAAUUACAGAUAGAGCUAGGGAUAAACUAGUGGAUAUCGCAAACAAGGACAACAAUCCAGAUUCCGCACUCAGAAUUCAGGUUGAAAGUGGUGGCUGCCACGGAUUCCAAUACAACUUGGACCUCACAUCGUUGCCAGAGGCACUUGCAGGUGAUGAAGAUCUAGUGGUGUUCCAACGAAGCGACAGCCCAAGGGCGACAGUGAUAUUUGACGACUCAUCCCUUGAGAUUUUGCAGGACAGUAAGAUAGAUUUCACGAAGGAGCUUAUCGGAGCUUCUUUCAAGGUCGUAGACUCGCCAUACACCUCCACAUCUUGUGGUUGUGGCGCCUCAUUUGACUUUGAUUUUGAGAAACUUGAGCAAGCAAAGGCCGAAAAGGCAUAA